GACAUCCCACUCCCUCGACCAAUUACCGCUUACCCGUUGAAUUGAAAGGGAAGGUAAAGGGAUAGCUGCCGCAGCCGGGGAGAGAGAGAGAGAGAGAGACUCCGAUCGACCGGAAUCCGAACUCCGACCUCAGCUCACCGAUAAUCCGAUCACCUCGAUCUGCGCCGAAGCUCCCGAAGCUAGUACUCUGAAGAUCCGGCUAUGGCUUCCUCCUCCCGCGAAGGCCUCGUCUACGUCGCCAAGCUCGCCGAGCAGGCCGAGCGCUACGACGAGAUGGUGGAGGCGAUGAAGAGUGUCGCACAGCUAAAUGUGGAGCUGACGGUCGAGGAGAGAAACCUGCUCUCGGUCGGGUACAAGAAUGUCGUCGGUGCUCGGAGAGCGUCGUGGAGGAUCCUUUCUUCCAUAGAGCAGAAGGAAGAAACGAGAGGGAAUGAAGUCAAUGUGAAGCGGAUAAAUGAGUAUCGGCAGAAGGUCGAGUUGGAACUCUCGACCAUCUGCAGUGACAUCAUGGUCGUGCUCGAUCAGCAUCUCAUUCCGUCAGCGUCAACCGGCGAAUCGAAAGUUUUCUUCUACAAGAUGAAGGGAGAUUACUAUAGAUAUCUUGCUGAAUUCAAGAGCGGUGAUGCUAAGAAAGAGGCUGCUGAUCACUCGAUGAAGGCAUACGAGUCAGCUACGAGUAUAGCAGAAGCCGAUUUGCCUCCGACGCACCCCAUCAGAUUGGGAUUGGCCUUGAACUUUUCAGUAUUCUACUAUGAGAUCAUGAACUCAGCUGAAAGGGCUUGCCACCUCGCAAAGCAGGCGUUCGACGAAGCUAUUUCAGAACUCGACACCCUGAAUGAGGAGUCGUACAAGGACAGCACCUUAAUCAUGCAACUCCUCAGGGACAACCUCACCCUAUGGACCUCUGACAUCCCUGAGGAAGGAGACGAUUCCAUUAAGGCAAACACCGGAGUCAAAGUCGGUGGCAUUGAGGAAGCAGAGUGAAAGAGAUGCAGAUUAUCUCCCACCGCUUUUGAUUUGACAAUCUGAGGAGACAUGAGCUUAUUUAUUUUUCCGUGGAUUUGUUGUAUUUUCAGUGUCAUAGAUGGUCGUGAUUUUGUUUGGCAUUGGUGGUUGGAUGUGCUUGCAGUGGAUGUGCUGUAGAAUAUCAAUGUGUUUUCCUUGGUUUGUUGAAGAUAUUGAACUCCAGAUCGAUAGUUGUAUUAGUUUGGUUUUCCUAUCAGUUAUCGAGUUGUGAGCUACUGAUUCUUUUCGAUUUUCAUGUUCGUUCCAUAUGGACUGAAACUAAUUAUGUUACCGAGGUUAA